UUCCUAUUUUGGUUUCGGCAACUACUUGAGGUUUAUGCGAACUGUGCCGAUUGUUGACUGGUAACCACACACAUGUUGUAAGAAAUUUUCACCCUGAUGGAGGUGGAAUCAACGUGAGAUUUCCAGCCAGAUUUUGGUUAAGAUGGCCGGCUGGGGAAGAGAGAUUGUCACGUUGCAGUGUGGUCACUACUCCAACUUCGUUGGUACCCACGUGUGGAAUAUCCAGGAAUCAACGUUUUUGUACGAUGAGAACCCAGCUGCUGUUACGUCCAAGGAAAUCAACCAUGAUGUGUUGUACAGAGAAGGCCGAACUAUGACAGGUGCUGUGACCUACACACCCAGACUUGUGACCCUUGACCUGAAAGGUAGUCUGAACACGCUCAAAGCAGAGGGGGUGCUGUAUGACUAUCACACCAAAGAAGACAUCAAGUGGGAAGGCGAUGUCACCCUUCAUGAAGAGAAACCUCCAUCGAAGAAUGAAUUCCUCUCUGAUCUUGAUGCGCAGGAUAUGUUGUGUGAUGACACUCUGCAAGGUACUCACAAAAAGGAUGACCAGUCUACCCCUGACACCGACACCAUGGAGGUGGAGGGUCAGUCUCUGGAGGGUGAAAGCCUACCAGGUCAGCCGGCAGCCCAACCAACCAAGGUGUACCACCUGGACGAGAGCAUUGAUGUGUGGUCAGACUUCCUGCAUGGGCAUCUGCACCCGAAGACUGUCAUGGUGAUCAAGCAGCAUGCCCAUGGGAGUGAAGUGGACCCCUUUGGGCUCUUUACCAAAGGCCGUAGUCUCCUGAACAAGAAGGACAUAGCAGAAGACAUCGAGAACAGACUGCAUUUCUUUGUUGAAGAAUGUGACCAACUUCAGGGAUUUCAGGUAUUGGUGGAUUUCUAUGAUGGCUUUGGCGGUCUGGGAUCCAGCCUUGUUGAGAAUCUAGCUGAUGAGUACAAAGGCAAGGGCAUCAUGGCAGUGGGAGUGGCACCAGCAGUUUUUACAAGCAGUAGCCUCACAGCGGACAACCACCGUCUGAUCAACUCAGUGCUGGCCUUCCAGAGACUUAGUGAGCAGAGCUCCCUCCUCUUACCACUGUCUCUUGCCUCCUCCCUCUGGAGAAAAGUGGGCUCGCCAGUCAAGUUUCAACACAUCCAUUACAAGCCUUCUCUUGCCUACCACACCAGUGCAAUCUUGGCCAGCUGCUUAGACACAGCCACCCUUCCCUACAGAGUCGUUGAUGAUCCCAUCUCACUCUCCGUCCUGACUGAGGCUCUGGGAAACCUCGGGAGAAAGGUUUCAAUGCUGUCGACAUCAUUCCCUCUGCCGUUCCCCGACCAUGGCUACCUGGCCAGUGUGUUGGGCGGAUACACCCAGCGGCCCCCCUGGACACCCCUGACACCCCACACACUCAAAGGCGCCGUGGUCCAACCGUUCGCCCAGUCAGUCGUCCUGCGGGGUGCACCCAUGGAUAGAUUGUACAUGCCCGGUAGACAGCCUCAGAAUGCACUGGAAUCGUGCCGCUCUGUCAAUGAGAUGCUGAAAUGCUACCUGACUGGGAUGUACACCAGAACACUCAGCUCAGGCCUUUGCGUCAACCAGCCUCUGAAGACUGCUGCCCCGUUCCCGCACAUCUUUGAUCCUCGGAUGAGCCAAGAGGGUUUCAUCCAGGACUGGCAACGCCGAGAGGAAGAAGCGGUGGAGAGCAUUCCGAUGAUGACGUCCCUCCAGACCUCACCCGCUGCCCAAGAGAUGCUGUCCCACCUGGUGAAGGAAGGUAGCAAAGUGGACGUCCGCAAGUGCCACGGCUUCUUCGAGGACGGAAUGGAGCAGGAUGAGUACAGCGAGGCACUGGGCAGCCUCGAGAGCCUGGCGCAUUGCUACGAGCAGUGCCCUUAAGAAGCUCUAUGGUGCGGGAGUUCAGGUACCAGACUCAUGAAACCUAACCUCCGCCCUAAAAUGAAAAUGAUAGAUCCAGCUGUCAGUAUUCAGAUCCUAGGUCACAAAGUUGGAAACUGAGUUGCACAAUAUCUAAGGCCAAGUUCUUGACAAAAAUAUUGACAGAGAUUUCCCUGAAAAAAAAUCUGCAGAGUAUAUCCAUCUUCAAAAUAAAUGAUAGGAAUUGACUAAGUUUUUAAGCUUUCCAGCCCAGUGUUGGUGGGUCUAACUUGCUUAAUGACAAAGGGGACUCUGUUUUAACCGUGGUCAAAUAAGGUGUCCAUUUUAAAAAGUCUGGUUUAGUUUUUUAAGAGUAUUACAAAGACCUUGUACCAGUUUUACCAAUUUCAUCACUUUCCAGGGUUUGAAUCAAAGAGGGGGAGCAUUGCAUAUUGAUUGACAGAGCAACAUUUUCAUCACAGAUUGAUUUUUUGCCAUUCUAGUUGAUAUUCCAAGCGAGGUUUAAAAGGAUUGUUAACACACAACUCUUUUAAUAGUGUCAUUUGUGCAUUAACCACUUACUGCUGGGCGACCCGUUUUCGAGUACAUAGGCUUUAUAUGCAGAGCUGGG